AUGGUCGCUCCCGUCGUGCGGCCGCCUGCGGCCGGCCGCUGCCGAGGUACCCUGCUAAGUGGCGUCGGGUGGCCACCACCUGCCACGUGCCGGCCCAGACGCAACGGCUGGCGAUGGUCCUCCUCUGCAAUGGCAUGCAGGCGGAGCUGGGCAGCAUCGAGCUGGAGCUCCGCGGCGACGACGGGGCGGAGCGGCGCGGCGGGCUGGAGACCCCGGUGGCUCUCCGCGGCGGGCGGCCGCCCCGAGGCGGCGGCGGCGGAGGCCCCGCGCGGGGACGCCUUCGAGCCGCGGCCGCUGCUGCCGGCGCUGCUGGACGCCGCCUGCCGCGCCGACCCGCGCGUGGAGGCUCUCCGCCGCGCGGAGGACGCGCUGGAAGCCACGCGGGAGGCCAGCCUGGCCGCCGCUCGCCUGGAGGAGGAGCGGCAGCUGCAGCAGGCCCUGGCGGCGUCUGGAGUCCCCUGGGGUGCCGCCCCAGUCGUGGACGAGGAGUGGCAGCUGCAGCAGGCGCUGGCGGCGUCCAGAUGCGGCUCUGGGGGCGCGGCCCUGGUCCCGGACGAGGAGCAGCAGCUGCAGCAGGCGCUGGCGGCGUCCAGGCGCGGCCUCGGGGGCGCCGCCCUGGUCCUGGACGAGGAGCAGCAGCUGCAGCAGGCGCUGGCAGCAUCCAGGCGCGGCCCCGGGGGCGCGGCCCCGGGACUCGCGGCUGCGGGCCUGGACGACGAGCGGCAGCUGCGGGAGGUGCUUGCGGUGUCUAGGCGCGGCCCGGCUGGAGCCCCGCUGGGCGUGGCCAUGGACUUCGGCGGUGAAGAGCGGCACCGGGCGCAUGCGCUCGAGGCGCCGGCCAGGUCUCAGGAGCCGGAGCAGAGCAUGCGGCUGGGGUCCACGCUGUGGUCCACCUCGGCGUGCAGCGUGGGGGCCGUUGAGAUCGUGGACAGCGAGUCCGACGUCGAGGUGGGCCCCGCGCCGGGCGAGCCCCCGGAGAGGAAGAGGUCCCAGGGCCCAGCAGUGACGGGCCGCGUGGCGCGGUCGCGGUGCAUGCCGAGGCUGCUGGGCGAGGCGCCGACCCUGCGGCUGCGGGCCGACUGGCUGGCCUCGCAGGAGGAGGCGUUGCGCGGCCCCGCGGGCCUCGACGAGGGCGCCGCGGCGGACGCGCUGCUGCGGCUCUUCGCGGCCGCGGACCUGCGCGAUUCCUGUGAGGGCUCGCUGCCGCCGGGCCUGGAACGCCGGCACGACCUGCGAGUGGAGGGGGCGCACGUCGUGCAGCUGCUGAACCUGGUGGACAUCGCCUUCCCCGCGCGGGAGGACCACGAGGAGCCCGCAGAGGGAGCCGCGGGCGAGCCCGGGGCCGCCGGGGCGGCCGCGGGCCAGCCCUCGCAGCGGGGGCCGGGGAUGGCGAAGGUGUGCCUCACUGAUGGGUCGCAGACCGUCUGCGGCAUCGAGCGCAGGCCGAUUGCCGCGCUGCGGGGGGCCGGGCCCGGCACCAAGCUCGUGCUCGGCGGCGCGCCGCUGCUCCGGCGGGGGCUGCUGCUGCUGGAGCCCCACAACCUGGAGGCACUGGGGCAGCACAGGAGCAGCGGCUCGGGCGCGGCCCCCAGUCCGCCGCCGCCGCUGGCCGACCCCACGGUGCCGGUUCUGGUGGCCGCGGCGGCCAGCCCGCAGGACCGUGCCCCGUGGCCUCCACCAGGGCCAGCGGUGCCACAGCCGCAGCAGCCGCCGCAGCAGCCGCCGCAGCAGCAGCUGCAGCUACAGCCGCAGCCGUGGCAGCAGCAGGCCCCCGCCGUGCUGCCAGGCCCGCCUGCCGUGCAGGCCCUGGCGAGUCUGCCAGCCCCCGCUCAGGCUCACUCGCCGUAUGCUGCGGCUGGCCGCGCUACUCCCGCGCAGCAGCGGCAGCAGCUCCAGCUGUCGCAGCAGCCGUCGCCACAGCAGCAGCAGCAGCAGCAGCAGCAGCAGCAGCAGCAGCAGCAGCAGCAGCAGCAGCAGCAGCAGCAACAGCAGCAGCAGCAGCAGCAGCAGCAGCAGCAGCAGCAGAGAGUUCGGGGAGAGCCUGAGCAGCCGCAGCAGGUGCAGGCACAGGUGCAGUCGCCAUCGCCAGUGGUUAGCCUGCACUCUGGGUCGCCGCCAUCACAGCAGCAGCCGCCUCAGUACUCGCAGCCGCGACCAGCUGGAGAUGCAGGGUUGCCUCUGCAGCAGGUGGUUCACACCGUGCAGCAGUGGGCGCCAGGGCCGUGCCAGCAACAAUCGACGCUGCGCUGCUAUGUGGUCGCGGCCAGCGCGGCAGCGGAGGAUCGUCUGCUCCUCAGGCCACCUGGGACGCGGUUGCUUCAAAGCAGGGGUGUGUAG